AAAAAGGGAGUUUAUAAGAAAGAAAAUUCAUGCAGGAAAGUCACCGUCCCCUUCUUUCCUACACAAAUGCUCCAAUCUUUCACUUUCUCUCUUCAAUCUUUCAAUCUCAUACCCUAAACUCUCUCUAUUCAAAUCUCUACAAUUUCUUUCUUUUUGGUAUUAAAUAUUUUCUCGGGAUUUUGAUAUUCAAUUUUGUUUUUUUUACACAACAUGAAUAAUUCUGAGCUUCUUCGAAGAAAUCAAUCCAAUCCGUCCCCGGCGGUGAUCGAUUCACCACGAACUCCGCCAUGUUCUUCCUGCAAAACCAGGAGCCCGAUCCGUUACAUGCUUCGUGAGCAACGUCUUCUCUUUGUUUUUGUUGGGAUUGCCAUUGCAACUCUGUUUUUUAAUGUCGUCCGUUUCACUUUUCCGCCGGAGUUACGUGAUGAUCAUCACCGGGCGUUGAAUUCGUUUGUUCGAUUGGGUUCGACGAUCCCGAUGCGGAGAGUUUUGUAUGAAACUCGCCGUGAAGGAUCGUUGGGGCGGGUGAACUUGGCGGGGAGAGUUCCGCCGGGAUUGAAGAAUAAGAACUUGAGGAUUGUUGUUACUGGUGGUGCUGGAUUCGUUGGAAGCCAUCUUGUGGACCGUUUGAUUGAGAGAGGGGAUAGCGUGAUCGUUGUUGAUAAUUUCUUCACUGGACGGAAGGAUAAUCUGGUUCAUCAUUUUGGAAAUCCGAGAUUUGAACUGAUUCGACACGACGUUGUUCAGCCGAUUCUACUGGAAGUUGAUCAGAUCUAUCACUUGGCUUGCCCUGCUUCUCCUGUUCAUUAUAAGUUCAAUCCUGUCAAGACAAUCAUAUCCAACGUUGUCGGCACAUUGAACAUGCUAGGGCUUGCGAAGAGAGUCGGCGCCCGCUUCUUACUCACCAGCACCAGCGAAGUCUACGGCGAUCCACUCCAACACCCGCAGGCUGAGACCUACUGGGGCAACGUCAAUCCCAUCGGUGUACGAAGCUGCUACGACGAAGGAAAGCGGACGGCGGAGACUUUGACAAUGGAUUACCACAGAGGCCUUGGCAUUGAGGUGCGGAUUGCUCGGAUCUUCAACACUUAUGGACCACGGAUGUGCAUUGAUGACGGCCGAGUUGUGAGCAAUUUCGUAGCACAGGCAUUAAGAAAGGAGCCGUUGACAGUUUAUGGAGAUGGCAAGCAAACCCGGAGUUUUCAAUACGUUUCCGAUCUGGUGGAGGGGCUAAUGAAACUGAUGGAAGGUGAGCACGUGGGCCCUUUUAAUCUGGGCAACCCCGGCGAAUUCACUAUGCUCGAACUUGCCCAGGUAGUACAAGAGACAAUAGAUCCAAAUGCAAGAAUAGAGUUCAGACCAAACACAGAAGACGACCCACAUAAAAGAAAGCCCGACAUUUCUAAAGCUAAGGACCUUCUUGGUUGGGAGCCCACCGUGUCCCUUCGAAAGGGCCUCCCCCUUAUGGUUUCCGAUUUUCGUCAACGCAUCUUUGGUGACUCGAAAGAUGACAUUUCUGCAGCCGCUGCCCUCGUCACCACCACCACCACGGUCUAGUCCCCCCUUCUUAAUCUCUUCUCAUACCUUUUUAGAAUAAGAGAUCUCUCAAAUCACUUCCUCCCAAAGAAUAACAUUUGGUAGUUUGAAGAUGAGAGAAAAAAGAGGGAGGGGAUCAUCCCAUCCAUCAAAACCUCUUUCUUCUCUCUCUCCCUCUCCUCUCCCAAUUUUCACAUUUUUUAUUCUGUGGGCCUAAUUCACCUCUCUCCCUCUCCUGUUUUGUAUAUCUUUCCUCUAUAUUUAUGAAACUCUCCUCUCUCUCUCUCUCUCUUUUUUCCCUUCAUUUCUUCCCCAUAUACAUUAUAUAUAUACCUUUUUUUGUUGUUAAAUUAUAAAUAUGGUAGUUAUAUAUAUAUAUGUUUGAUAAA